AAGCUUUAAUCUAAUUUUAAUCUAAUUUUCACACACAUCCCACAAAACAAAACUAAGACACAGAAAAAGAGAGAAGUGACUCAAGAAUAAACCAUCCCAUUACAUUUCUGAAGCAGACUCAAGGAUAAGAGAUCAAGGGAUCUGAGUUAAGGUCGGUGACACAGUAACAAUGGCGGAUUACCAUUUCGUUUACAAGGACGUUGAAGGAACUUCGACACAGUGGGACGACAUCCAACGGAAGCUCGGAAACCUCCCUGAAAAACCGCCGGCGUUCAAACCGCCCCCAUUUGUUCCGGCCGAAGACGAGGAUUCCAAACCCAAAGACAAAUCAUGGAUCGAUUCAAAAACCCAUGAUGAGCUUGAAGAUCUCGAGGAUGAUCUUGAUGAUGACCGAUUCCUCGAAGAAUACAGGAAGAAAAGGUUAUCUGAGAUCAGGGAAGCUGCUAAAGUUGCGAAAUUCGGAUCGAUUAUUCGAAUUUCUGGGUCGGAUUUUAUCCGUGAGGUGUCUCAAGCUUCCCCGGAAAUUUGGGUUGUUGUUAUUCUCUACAAAGAAGGCUUUGCAGCAUGUGAGAUGUUAAUGGGAUGUUUGGAAGAGCUAGCUAGGAGAUAUCCAGCAACGAAGUUUGUCAAGAUAAUAUCUACGGAUUGUAUUCCUAACUAUCCUGAUUGUAAUUUACCCACACUGUUGGUAUACAAUAAUGGUGCUGUCAAAGCAAACUAUGUGGGAUUGAGCAAUUUUGGAAGGCGAUGCACACCUGAAGGUGUCGCACUUGUUCUCUGUCAUUCGGAUCCUGUGCUUAACGAUGGUCAGACUAGCUGUGAUUCAACCAGGAGAUCUGUUCUCGAUGGGGAGAGUAAGAGGCUCAUUGAAAAGUUUGUUGCAGAGCGCGAAAAUGCAGAGGAUGAUGGUGCUUCAAGUGAUUAACUGGUCUAGGGUCUGAAUUAGCGGGAGUUUUUGGAAUUGGACUCUUCUUUUCAAGUUUUUUUUCCCUUUAAUUUUUUGGACUGAGGGUAUUUUGAUUAUGGGAAUGAAUUACUUUAUUUGAGUUACAGCACUCUAAGCAGAUUCCCAAUAUUGAAUAUUGUGUGAAAAAAGCUUUAUGUGUUAGAUUAUAGUGCAGCUUAACAUCAGUUUACUUACGUAUUGUAAUCCAGCCCACUUAUGUAGAUUGUUUCGUGCUGUAUGUUUCUUAAAAAAAAUGCACUGUUCUCCUUAUCUCUUAUAGUACUUUUAUAAACUUUUUGGUGUUUGUUUAUCUUGUUGAAUUAUGUUUCUCCUUUCUCCUCUUCUAUAUGUUUUAUCCGAGGUGUUACAUAAAUUAUAUCUUGGGCUAAGUUUGAUCACAAUAUACCCUUUAUGCCCUCCCCUUGUUAAUCUUUGAUUUCCUUUUCUUCAAUUUGCUUCUAUACAUGUCUCCUAGUCUUAUCUGUUACCGUGAUUUGUGAGUUUGAGCCGCAUUUGAUGAAGUUAAAGUUCUAUUGGAAGAAGCUGCUGCUCCUUAGGUUACAUGCUGUAAAGUGUAAAUAGGUCAAUUGUUAUGGACAUGUCACUGCAGGGUUAAUCAUCUAAAGUUUUAUUACAAAAUGUAUACAGAGAUUGGAGGACUUGGCAGGGGUACACUUUAAAGGUAAGAGCUUCCAUCUCCUGAAGAUUAAAAUUAAUGAUAUUUUGUAUCCUAUAUCUCCUAAUCAGGUUAGUCACUUUGAAAUCAGACGUAUCAACAUAGGUUCAUUGGUUAAUAUAUGCGAGUCAUAACUUGGUUUAGCUGUCUGAAUUAUUGAAAUUGUGUAACUUAUGUUCCUGUUGUUGACUUGUUGUUGUUGUUGAUAUUUUCAAUAUAAGAUGAUAUUGCCAUUUCUAUAAUACUCUUUAAAAGGUUCAAAUUGCAAUCUUCUUGAAAUCUUCCCCCUUCCCUGGGUUCUAAGAUUUUGGGUUAAUGGACUAUUCAUUAAUUUUCAGUCUGACUGACUUCUCAAUUUGGCUCGAGUACUGAAAUGGAUAACGACUGAUGAAACCCCUGGAAUGUUGAAGUCAAGAAGGGGCAUUAAUGUCAUUUGGAUUUUAAACGUGCUGGAAAUAAGGCUUGUUAUAUGAAUGUCAAUUCUGCUGGUGUGGAAUUAGAGUUAAGUUGUGGAACAUCCAUUAAUUAUGAAGACUGAUAGAUGGUAUCAAGAGAUGACAUGGAAUCUUGUGUUGAGUUGGAGAACGGAUUCAAUGAAAUGUACCCUUUAAGUCUCUGAUGUGGUGAAUUAACAGUCCAUUACAUUGAAAAUCUUAGUUAUUUUAGAGUUUGAUUGGUCCUUUAAGAUGAUGACAUCGUAUGCUCGUAGUAUACUUGCCUAUUGUAUGAGUAUGUUCUCAUGCAUUGAUUCACGUUAAGGUAAGAUACUUUGUUUACUCCUCAGCUGUUAUUCAUUUAUAGCUUUGAGAUGGGGUUGGCUUUUGCUCAUGUAAAUGGCUGACUGGUAUUGAUGUUGAUGUCUGCAGGCAGCAGCUGAAAACCAGAAAUGAAAGACAUUUUGGUCUACUGCCUGCCUUUGCAGUGUUUAAUCAUUGUCACCAGGGAUUGGUUAUUGAAGAUUUGAAGGCGAGACAAUGUGGAAAAAGGUGAGGGACUCUCGUUGCUCUUUUGUGAUCAUGCAGACUAAUGAAGUGCAGCACGGAAAUAAACUUGCCGUAUGAAGCUGCCUCCAAAAGGUGUAACAAUAGUUUUUGAACCCAAAUAUUGUAUGAGGCGUAGAACAUUUGUAUUGCUGCGAUGCAAUGGUAAAAUGAUUUGAAGCUCUUUGAGAAUGGAACGUCGGAUGCAAUGGUACCAAUGGGGUAUAUUGAGGCCUCAAAAGCUGGGUCAAUUCAGUCCUGGAUACCGGGCAAGAAGUUCUGCAUACAUUUCUUGAUUCUUCUUAUUCCCAGGGAUGUGGACGAGUGUGUUGGUCAUGGUGGCAGCGGUGGCUGCGUUCUUCCCUGAGCUUGCCUUCUUAUGGCAAUCCCGUGGAUGCGAGGUUCAUGGCUACGUGAAGAUUCCUCUGGAUUUGCCUGGAAAGAGUAUGUGCUUGCCUUCCCAUAUGGUCAAGGGGUCUUCCUUGGAUGCUUUCAUCCCAAUCAUAUUUGCUCCCAUUGUUGUGGUUUGUUCUGGUUUUGUUCUAAAAUCCUUCGGCUUGUCUUACAACCAACAAUCAGAUAGGAUCAUUUAGAGAUAGAGAUUUAUAUACUACACGAUGUAUUAUACUUGUAAGGCCUUAACCGUCUGGUUUUAGAUGUGUGAUUAUACAAUGUAUUUUUUUUUUCUUUCUAUUUGACAACUUGGAUUCAGGUAA